CAGGAGGCUUGACGUCACUGAGGCGCCCUGGCUCUCCUGAGCCGCUGGUACUGCUGGCAUAAAAAAAAAAAAAAAAGAAAGAAAGAAAGCAAAAGAUGGGAAAAUCAGACAGACAUCUAACCGAAUAAUUAACAUACAAUGACGGUUUUUUGCGGCUGAUUAACACUUGACGGAGGAUCCAGCAUUGGCACCGGUUUGAGCUCCAGCAGACACCGAGAAAGAUUGGUGUCAUAAUUUGUACCACUGGGGAGCUCCUGUUGGAACAGGAAAGUCUGUCAGCAGUGUCUGUCCCUAGAAGUGGAGAGCAUCAGACCUCUGUUUUAUCAUGAACAUUGUGCCCACCAUCUCCGGUUGAAGCAGGAUCACCACCACACAUUCACACAAUUGGUGACAAGUCACAACCGUAAAUUAAGCAGGGAGAUAUACAGACACUCGAGGUCGUACUUCAGUUUAGCUGUCAGCUGUAUUCUUCUAUUUAGCAGAAGAUGUACGGUAGUGCCCGCUCUGUCGGCAGAGGGGAUGCCAAUCAUAGUGGUGGAAGAGAUGGCGGUGGUACUGGCAAUCAGGGAUCUGGCCGUUCCCCUCGACUUCCCCGAUCUCCUCGGAUGGGACACCGUCGCACCAACAGCACUGGAGGCAGUGGAGGGGGUCCUGGAGGAGCGGGAGGCAAGACGCUUUCUAUGGAGAACAUCCAGUCCCUCAACGCCGCGUACGCCACCUCAGGACCAAUGUACCUGAGUGACAAUGAGGUUGCCAUGGCGGGGGACCACCUUCCCAAGAGUGGCGGGUCAGUGACAACCAUGGGGAGACAGAGGGUGACGUAUGGGUCGAGGGGCAGCAACAGUGGAGUUGUGGCUGCUAGCACCCCCAACAUUUCCACCUCAGUGCCUGGGAAUGCUGUGUUGCCAGCAGGCAUGAUGGCAGGUGAUGCUCUAGCUUUUGGGGACCACCACAUGGCCUCCACUGUGCCCCAUUCUCUAAGGCAGGCCAGAGACAACACCAUACUUGACCUUCAGGCCCAGCUGAAAGAGGUGCUGCGUGAGAAUGAGAUGCUGCGGCGAGAAGUGGAAGUGAAGGAGAGCAAGCUCAGUUCCUCCAUGAAUUCAAUCAAGACCUUCUGGAGCCCAGAAUUAAAAAAAGAGCGAGCUCUCAGGAAAGAUGAAGUUUCUAAGAUCACUGUCUGGAAGGAACAAUACCGUGUGAUUCAAGAUGAAGCACAGCAUCUCCAGAUGACUGUUCAGGCUCUUCAGGAUGAGCUGAGGAUCCAGAGGGAUCUGAACCAGCUGCUCCAGCAAGACCCCGCCAGCCAAGGCCGGGACCUGGCCCUGACAUCUGAACCUACGGAGGAGAACUACCGGCGGCUACAGGCCGAGCACGAGAGGCAGGCCAAAGAGCUCUUCCUCCUUAGAAAGACCCUGGAGGAGAUGGAACUGAGGAUUGACACACAGAAGCAAACUCUGGGAGCCAGAGACGAGUCCAUCAAGAAACUUCUGGAGAUGCUGCAAAGCAAAGGGCCAUCUGCCAAGGCAUCAGAGGAGGACCAAGAGCGGACAAGGAGACUGGCUGAUGCAGAGAUGCACAGGCAUCACCUUGAGAGUUUACUGGACCAGAGAGACAGAGAGAUUACCGCACUAAGAGAGCAGGAGCUGCACCGUCGAUACGAGGGAACCCCUGAAUCCACCAAAACUAAGGCUCUACAGACUGUCAUAGAUAUGAAGGAUGCAAAAAUCAAUUCAAUGGAGCGGGGCCUGAGAGACAUGGAGGAGGAGUUACUAAUGAUGAAAUCCAACGGACUCCUGAGCUGCGAGGAGCGUCAGGAGGAAAUGAAGCAGAUGGAGGUCUACCGCAGCCACACCAAGUUCAUGAAGAACAAGAUGGAACAAGUGAAGCAGGACCUCUCCAGGAAGGACACUGAGAUGCUUGGUUUGCAGACCAAACUGGAGACGCUCACCAACCAGUUUUCAGACAGCAAGCAGCACAUUGAAGUCCUCAAGGAGUCUCUCACUGCCAAGGAGCAGCGAGCUGCCAUCUUACAGACAGAGGUGGAUGCCUUGCGCCUGCGCUUGGAGGAGAAGGAGACAACUCUGAAUAAGAAGAGCAAGCAGAUUCAAGAAAUGUCAGAAGAGAAGGGUACACUCAACGGGGAGAUCCACGACCUCAAGGACAUGCUGGAGGUUAAGGAGCGCAAAGUUAAUGUGCUACAGAAGAAGAUUGAGAACCUGCAGGAGCAGCUGAGGGACAAGGAGAAGCAGAUGAGCAGCCUGAAGGAGAGAGUGAAGUCUUUGCAGGCAGACACUUCUAACACUGACACUGCUCUCACCACACUUGAGGAGUCUCUUGCAGAAAAGGAGCGCAUCAUUGAGCGUUUAAAGGAGCAGCGAGACAGAGACGACCGGGAGAAGACGGAGGAGCUCGACUGUAACAAGAAGGAACUGAAAGAGUUGAAGGAGAGAGUGAGUUUACUGCAGGGAGACCUGUCAGACAGAGAGACGUCGCUGUUGGACCUGAAGGAGCAUGCAUCAUCUCUCGCCUCCUCAGGGCUGAAGAAAGAUUCCAAACUCAAGAGUUUGGAGAUCGCCUUGGAGCAGAAGAGGGAGGAAUGCCUCAAAGUGGAGAACCAGCUUAAGAGAGCUCAAAAUGCAGCCCUGGAGGCUCAGGCCAACACCGAGCUGGCCGAGCGCAUCAAGAACCUUGAGCAGGAAGUGGCCCGCCACAAAGAGGAUUCUGGGAAGGCCCAGGCUGAGGUGGACCGCCUGCUGGAGAUCCUUCGGGAAAUGGAGAAUGAGAAGAAUGACAAGGACAAAAAGAUCAAUGAGCUGGAGAGUUUCGCCUCCAGGCAGAUGAAGGACCAGUCGAAGAAGGUGGCGUCUCUGAAGCACAAGGAGCAGGUGGAGAAGAGUAGGAAUGCUCGACUCGUGGAGGAGGCCAGGAAGAGGGAGGACAACCUGUCGGAGAACUCCCAACAGGUGAAGGACAAUCUGCGUCAGAAGGCGGAGCGCAUUGAGGAGCUGGAGGAGGCCCUGAGAGAGAGCGUUCAGAUCACUGCUGAGCGAGAGAUGGUACUGGCACAGGAGGAGGCUGCCAGGUCACUCCAGGAGAAACAGAAGCACUCACUCAAACCAAUGCAUGAGUCCAACCUCGCCCACUUUAAGUGGUCUAAGAUGGAGGAGCUGCUGGGGGCCAUGGAGAAGGUGAAGCAGGAGCUGGAGUCCAUGAGGGCCAAGCUGGCCUCCACCCAGCAGUCUCUGGGUGAGAAAGAGGCACACCUCUCAACCCUCCGAGCUGAGCGCAGGAAACACCUGGAGGAGGUGCUGGAGAUGAAGCAGGAGGCGCUGUUGGCUGCUAUCAGUGAGAAGGAUGCGAACAUUGCCCUGCUGGAGUUGUCCUCCUCUAAGAAGAAGAAGACCCAGGAUGAGGUGGCUCUGCUGAAGCGGGAGAAGGACAGACUGGUGCAACAGCUCAAACAGCAGACUCAGAACAGAAUGAAACUAAUGGCAGACAACUAUGAGGAUGACCAUCUGAAGACUGCCCCUGACCAGACAAAUCACAAACCCUCUCCAGAUCAGAUGAUUCCCCCUCUUCUAGCCUUGUCCCAGAACCGCAGUAAGCUCAAGCUUUACAUCGCUCACCUGACAGACCUCUGCCACGACCGGGACCCCAGCAUCCUCAGCCAGCUCACGCCACCCUCUCACUACCACCACAGCGACCCCGAAGACUGGGAGGAGGAGCUCCAGAAGAUGAGUGUGGAACAGUUGGAGCGGGAGCUGGAGGUGUGUGAGAAGGAGAGCGGAGAGCUGCAGGAGUAUGCCAACUCCGUUCUCCAGCAGAUAGCAGACUACUGCCCCGAUAUCCUGGAGCAGGUUGUCAACGCCCUGGAGGAGUCAUGCUGACAACUCUGACCUCAGACACAACCCAGCUGACGCCUGGUCUUCACCUGUAGCUGAGCCCCUCCCCCUACCUCCACUCAACGAGGCUCCUGUAAGGAUGAGAGAAAGCUGGGGCAUUAUCUCACCCCACUGAGCAUUUCUUCCUCACUCCCCUCGUCCGCCCUGGAACAAACUUUCUUAACUUAUAAGUGCUUUCCUGUCUCGUGUCUCUCUAAUGUCAGGCCUGCAAAAUUGAAUUAGGGAUGUUCACAAAGUCUGUGGAAGCGUUACCAAAUAUGGCACUUUGAGUAAAUAUCCGAUUACUCUCUGGCUGUCCUGGUAGAUGGCGGUGUCGCAGUGGAAAGAGAAGUUAUAAGCUCAACCUUUUAAGCAUUUGUGAACUCACCAAAUUCAAUUUUUGCUCGUAAUAUACUUUAAUAAUAUAAUUGUGCACCUGUACGUCAGGCACAGGUGCUUUGGGAGAGAAAGGAUAUCGGAUGAAAGAAGCCAACUUCCGCACAAAGUCUUGGAGUUUUACUGCCAACCUUUACUCUCCCUAGACGUGUUCAUUCACAGCCGGAAGCACAGAUACCUCACUCACUUCUAUCUCAGAUUCCUCUCACAAAUCUCUUUUUUAAAGGGAGUACAUGUAUUCCUCACAGGGGGCAGGAAAGCACUUGGUCUUAGAACUUAACUGGGGAGCUGCUACAUCUAGAGGGGAGCAGAGAGGAGUUCAGUGGGUAAAUCACGGAGCCAUGUUAGACGCUUGUUUUGUAUUUUAGUCGGUGUUCCCUAGCUAAUAGGAUGGAAACCAGUCACUAGUUAGAAAUGCAGCGACUGGUGGCCGAUCGUCUGAACACUUAGGAAAUGCCACUUUUUAACCAAAUAAAUGCAGCAUGUUCUCCAAAUGUUUCCUCUCCCGGCUUUGAGCUGUGGAUGUGUCGUCGUAGCCAGGACUAAACCGUAGGUACCUUUUUUUUUUUUUUACUGUGUCGUCUGUGGUCAUCGACAUAAGAGGGGGAUCAAGGCCUGACCUUUUGACACAGAUCCAAGGUCAGCUUUUAGUUACACAAUGUUCUCAAAUACGAGUGUCUGAGUAAGAGAGAGAGGAAACAAGAAAAAGCUUUUACUCUUGGUGACGUAUUCAGUUUUUAGAUGGUUUUGCACACAACGUCCACUUGUUUAUGAGGUAUGCAAUGUUUCUUUUUGAGAACGUUCUAGUGGCCUUGGAGCAUGCACAGAGAUCAGUACUGGACCUAAUGCAGGGAUAUUUAUUUCUCUGUAAUAUUGGUGCUAAGGCAUGAUGUAAGAACUUUCGAUCUGAUCCACUGAUCAUUCAGUCUCAUCCAAAGUUUCUAUAGAUGUUACUUAAAGCCCACCUGAUCUUUAGUUUGUUGACUGAAUCACUGAAGAAUACAAGCGACACCCCCCACCACCACCACCACCUUUUUUUUCUUGUAUUUUUCAGAUCACUUACAAAUGCAAGUGAUGCCUCCUUUUAUUGUAUUUUUUGAAAUCUUCAGGGCUGAGGUUUUUAAUUACUAAGUGCAUCUACAUUUACAGGAAAUGAAAGUCACUUUUCAGCAGAUUUUGACUUUUUAGAUGAGUUUGUAAAUAACGUGAUAUUUAACACGUACAGUGACUGAAUAAAGGUAAUUAAGUGGAAGGUGUUGUGCAUUCUUUAAAAAAAAAUAAUAAUCUGAAAAGUUAAAAGCAGUGCAGUUGUCUUUUGUGUCUAAUUUUGUCUUCAGGACAAAAUGUGUGUGUGUGACAGUACUGCCAUAACUUGCGGAAAGUCAUGUUCUAUAGAGAUAUAUAUAAAUAUAAUACAUAUAUAUAUAUAAAAAUGUUUACUGUAUGGAUAUGCAUUGAAUGUUUGCACAGUAUCUUGAAGAGCGAGCUGCUCUGAACAAAAACGGCCGUCGAGUUAGUGUCCUCAGCACAAACUGAGGAGAGAAGUGUCAAAAAAAUCUUGUGUCAAAAUAAUGUGUGAACUACAAACGUUUUCAAAACCGUGACUGUGUGAUGGGAGAGUACUUUUCUUGCAUUCAUUUCUAAUUAAUUCUUUUUAUAUAUUUUCACCAUAAGGUGAUGUAAAUGUAUUAUCCUGAGAUUCCAGUGUUGUUUUUUUCUUAUCUGUUACGUCAGUUGUUUUUUUUUCUUCUUCUUUCUGUUGGUUGAUGUCAAAGGCAGACUGUGCCUGAUGGAUAAAAAUGAGUCUCCAACCAUCAUGGCCCCUCCUGCUGUUAUUAAAAAAAAAGAAAUGUAACAUGGGAGGAAAAAAACCACACACAUUGCAUCCAGAAGUUUUUCUAACAAACUUUAGAUUUACAGAUAACUUUAGGUGGGUGGAUUUUACUGAAAACAAGACACACCCCCUCAGGUUUGGAGGAUGUUAGUUGGAUGCUUAUUUUUGUACUUCUUGUCUGUCAAACCCUCUUGGAGUGGACUUUUUUUAUUUUCUAACCCCCCCUCACUUUUCACCUCCGGGUUCGGAGAAAGAAGAAAGCAUUGUUUAAGUGUUUCCCUUACUUUGGCCUGUGUGUCCCUGCCCUUGCCUUAAUGUCUCGUCAUCUCUUUUUCUCGACUCCUUAUUGAGGAACACAGAGCUGAUUAAGGGGCUUCUGUCAAAGUUCAUGGUAUUUGUUUUCCUUCUUUCUUUUGCAUUUGUAUAAGAAAUGUACUGCCUUCUGUCUGUUCGUGUUAAUCAAAACUGUGUAAAAAGAAAGCAAAACAGACAUGUUUGUGAGUUAUUUGGAUUUUGUAUGUAUGUAAAUAAAUAAAUUAUAAGCCUUG